AAAGGGGUGAUCCUAUGAGCCUGCCACUGGUCCAAUUCACUCUCAAUGCGACCCUGGAUCCCGGUCAGGCCGCCGAGAGCCGGGAGGAGAGGCUCGUUGCCUGGGAGAACAUCGAGGUGAAGCUGGAGGUAAUAGGUGGCGUCGACGGCGAUGGCACAGUUUUCGAGUUCGCUCAGAGGGUGGGCCCUAAAGGUGAGACGAGCGUCAGCGCCUUGGACUCGGUCACAAGGAAGGUAUGGGAGGUUGGAUUACGUACACUGCCUGGUUGUAGAUGAAGGGAUCCCCGAUGAGGUCUUCCAUGUUUCCGUUAGCGUCGAUCGUGUCAAGAGGCGUCCAGCAGCGAGGCGGGCAGAAAUCGUGUCUGGAUUCAGGAAGAAUCGUGCGCGCCCCCUCAGCUCGUUGCAGUCCGAGACCCCAGCACCGAGUCGCCAGUUCCUGUGCACAGCAGGGGCGGUCACUCCGAGGCAGGCCUUCCCGUCCGGCUGUCCCAAAUGCGCCCCAAGAACACAAAAAAUCGUCGGUGGAAGGAAGUUGUCGAGGUGCUUGUCAGGUUCUCGGAGGGCCGCCAGUUUCAAACGUAACCAGGACCCGCGGUACGGGUGCAACAAAGAUGCGUUGGCACCGCUUUUCGUCGCAAGUCGCUGAACUGGUCACCAGGCACAAGAAUUGGCCCACGAGGGUGCCGAAGUCGCUAGGCCGUGCUGGCGCGGGGCAAUGACUAGGAGAGCUCCAGAAGGCAGAAGAAAGGAAGGAUCGGAAGAGAGAAGAGACUUGAAUAGACAACUUACUCGGCAUGGUGAAGGCACUACCGAUGAGGGGUCCACAACAAUCGCGGCAAGCUCUCUCUCCCACGCGGCUGGCACCU